AUGAACAUUGAGUGGUCAAGUUACGGCGGCCUCAGUGCAAGUGGCACAAUGUGGGAACAGGAGGAAUUCGCCAAGCACUGGAAAAAUGAGUUUCCCGACUGUGAAGUUCCCCAAAUGGACUUGAAGUCGGUGGACGACAUUGAGACUGAGCUAGAUUCGUGCAAAUCUAACAUGAAGAGGCUUCAGAAAGCUCUGGCAGAGGAGAAAUUCAAGAUGAUCUACCUGCAGACCACCGUGGCUCGGCAGAAAAGAGAGUACGCGGACAGGUUUGAUGACAAGGAUGACAACUUUAACGCAGAUAAAUAUUCCUUCUUAAAACAGAAAGAGACCGUGAAAUCUGAUUUAAGGGAUAACGAGGUGGACAGGAGCAGGUUGCCCGAGUUUGUGGGCUCCUUCUCCCGGGACAGACCGAGGAUCAGCGGGCGCACGGGUAAGCCUGUCCCCAUCCCAGUGCCUCCCCGCGUCAGCAGCUUCCACAAGCCCACCACGGUCCUGCUCAAUGACAACGAGGACGCAAGUGAUCGGGAGUACGAAGAUACGGAGCUGAAUGAUAAUUUUGUCAGGAAUAACUUGUUGGCUCCAAAGAUUCUGCACAGGGACAAGCAGAGGACUUCAAGUGCGCAUUGGGACGCCACACGACCCCACCGCCGCAGCAGGGACCUGGACUCGGGGGAUGAUGGCAGACUGUCCCCGUCCUGCAUGCUCAUCCAGAGGAGACCGUCACGGGGCUCUGGGUGCAGCACACCGGACAGAAGGAGUGAUGGAUACCUGAGCUCCGACCAUGAGGACUCUUCAUCAGCAGGUGAGUAG